GCCGCCGUCGUGCACUUGGCGAUUGAUGGCAGCCCCUCUGCGUUCGAUCUCGGGAAAAAGGAGGCGCACGAUGGCGCCAAUCUGCCUAGUUUAGAGUCCAAAGCCUUCACCCAAAAGGAGAGAGGGACCAAAGCACAGGCAAGUGUUUUGAAACUCGAGUGACCAUCUUUCUGAUCCCUUUUCUGCCCUAUUCCACCGAGUUCGCUGCGUCUUGGAUGUAGCCAUAUCCAGUGGGCCAGCCCCGCCGCAUCUAAUUUCUGAACCAACACGUACAAGACAUGUCUACUCAGGGCAAUCGUCGUGCUCUGGGACCUGGGUACUCUCGCGAGAUCCUCCCUCGCCCGCCGGCACAAAGCCACGACCAGAGUAGAUUCCAGGCUGCCCCCAGUGCCGCGAGGAAGGCCAACGUGUCUUUGGCCUGCGCCACGUGCCGGAAACUCAAGGUAAAGUGUGACGGCUGUACGCCAUGUUCCACCUGCGUGUCGAGGAAUAUCGGAGAUUCGUGCACCUAUGAGACCGACAACCGGCGGAAAGGCAUUCUCAAGGAGAAGCUGCGAGACUCCCAGCAGGAGAUCAGUCACCUGCAACGCAUCUUGCACCGUCUAAGAUUCACUGACGACACCGCCGCCACCUUUCUGCUAGGCCAGAUCCGCAGCGGACUGACAGUAGAAGAGCUCAUCAAGCACAUCGACACCACCGUCGCCGUUGGGGGGAGCAGUACUCCAGAGCGAAACACACUGAUAAAAGACUCACGACUAAAGCGCCGCCUCGUUGGCCUGUAUUUCGAGUGGCAACAUCCCUAUGUACCGAUCUUCUCGGGCCAAGAGGUGCCAGAUCUCCCGGGCCCCGAAGACAACCGGACCAGCGAACUACUGAUUUCUCCUGUCAUAGAAGCGAUCAUGGCAAUAGGCAGCUGGUACCACGACUACACUGAGACGACGAACAUCCCGGGCAUUGAUAUGGAAGAACUCAGGGUUCUUUUGGUGGAAGAAGCAGACCGGUUGCUGACCGCAGACAACAACUCGCGCGGCAGCGAGCUAGAUCCUGUCGCCACGAUCCAGGCCUCAAUCAUCCUGGUCACUCGAGAUCUGGCCGCUGGCGAGAGCGAGACCGCAUGGAGCCGUCUUGGCACAGCGGUUCUCACGGCGAUAAGCUUGGCCUGGGAGGUGGACGCGAGCCAUGAAGUCAAUGCGAACGCUGAUCGCAGUCGAGCCACUUACUGGGCGUUGUAUCUCACCGAUCGGUGCGUCGACAAAUUCAGCCUCGCGGGCAUCUAGUAUGUUUCUUGUGACCAUCUUGUAGCUCACUUUUUUUUUUUGUUGUCUUCCUGAAGCCUCGUUGCCCUGAUGCUGCGUCGAUUACCUCGGCUGCGGCCUCGCUGUCAUCCACGGAAGCCGGCUGAGAGCUACUGGCAAGGGCGGUCCUCUUUUCAUCCCUCACCGUCGGCGGCAUCGACAACAGGGCUCGCGUAUACCGCAGAGUUGUUCAGUCUGUUCGAGAUCAUCGACG